AUGGCAUUGGAUGGAGAUAUACGAAAACGGAUGACAAUGAUGAAUAAUCGCAUAAAUCGGCCAUCAAUACCAAGCAGUCCUUCACAUCCACCUUGUCAACGACCAACCUAUCCAGUAUCAUCAUUCGUGCUUAAUCCACAUAUACCAUCAGAUACGCGCUCACCAAAAUCACUAUCAGAUGGAAGUAUAACUAAUUCAUCUAGUUCAUGUACCAGCUCUUUGCAACAGCAUUUUUAUGGGUAUCAAUAA